UACAACGAUCACAAUAAGCGCAUGCAAAUGCCUCUAAUAAGGAAGACAACAUUUUUGCUGCUUUACUUGCUGAUUAUCGGUGAAUGCUUUGGCUGUCGAUCCGUCUACAAGCCACCCAUGAAAUCGUGUUUCCGGAUGGGCGGUAGAUGUCGUGAGGUCUACGCCUGCAAGCGCAAUCAACAUGCGACUGUUAAAACGAAUUGUGUUUUGAGGCGAAAAGUGUGUUGCAUGAGAACUCCCCAGCAGUGAUGAAACUCUAGAUCUCUCCUAUUCUUAGUGCACAAAAAACGGUACGUGGUAUAUAUACCUAUACCGUCUGGAUUCAAACAUAUGCAGGUCAAUGGUUGAGCUCAACGUAGCACUAAUUCUACAAUAUAUAAUAAAGCCAAUACAGAUGUGCACAAUCAAUAGCUUUGUCGGAUACACACAGGACUUUGAAGUGAGAUCGAAAGGAGUCAUAUUAUAUUAUAUUGUAUAUUAGACCAUGAACUUAUUGCGUUUUUCCAAAUUUUUAUAAACCAUUUAGAAAUUGUAAUGUUAUU